AUGGAGCCGUCCGAGUCCCAGCGGCGCGGGGGCGAGCAAAGCUGGUGGGGUAGUGCCCCCCAGUACCAGUAUAUGCCCUUCGAGCACUGCACCAGCUAUGGACUACCCUCCGAGAAUGGGGCCCUUCAGCACAGGCUCCGGAGGGACGCAGGCCCCCGUCCCAACACCCGCCCCACGCAGGAGCGUCUGGUUACUCUGUCGUGGGAAGUCCCUCACCAGGACUGCUUCCUGUUUGUGCCCAUGAGCACAGGGAGACAGCAGCUCCCACACAAGGAGCAGGGCACGGGGGUGCCCCAGAAGACGGGCUCCAGUGAGAGCGUGGAUAGCAAGGAUGCGGAUCACUAUUCUAAAUGUCAAGACUGUAUGCGCCGCCUGGGACACGUGGUAAGAAGGAAAUUGGGAGAAGACUGGAUCUUUCUGGUGCUCCUGGGACUGCUUAUGGCUCUGGUUAGCUGGAGCAUGGAUUAUGUCAGUGCCAAAAGCCUUCAGGCCUACAAGUGGGCCUACUACCAGAUGCAGCCCAACCUGCCGCUGCAGUACCUCGUCUGGGUCACCUUCCCGCUCACUCUCAUCCUCUUCAGCGCCCUCUUUUGCCACCUCAUCUCUCCCCAGGCAGUUGGCUCCGGGAUCCCCGAAAUGAAGACAAUACUCCGUGGGGUUAUCCUCAAGGAAUACCUCACCCUCAAGGCCUUUGUGGCCAAGGUUGUGGCCCUGACUGCAGGGCUGGGCAGUGGCAUUCCUGUGGGGAAAGAGGGCCCGUUUGUGCACAUCGCCAGCAUCUGUGCUGCUGUCCUCAGCAGGUUCAUGUCCAUGUUCUGCGGGGUGUAUGAGACCGUGUCUGGGCGGCUUGAUCUCCUGGUGCCGGCCUGCGCGGUGGGCGUGGGAUGCUGCUUUGCAGCCCCUGUCGGAGGAGUGCUGUUCAGCAUCGAGGUCACCUCCACCUACUUUGCCGUGCGGAACUACUGGCGAGGAUUCUUCGCGGCCACAUUCAGUGCCUUUGUAUUCCGCGUGCUGGCCGUGUGGAACAAGGAUGCCGUCACCAUCACUGCCCUCUUCCGAACCAACUUCCGAAUGGAUUUCCCCUUUGAUCUGCAGGAACUCCCAGCCUUUGCCAUCAUCGGGAUUUGCUGUGGGUUCCUGGGAGCCGUAUUUGUGUACCUGCAUCGCCAAGUCAUGCUCGGUGUCCGAAGGCACAAGGCCCUCAGCCAGUUUCUGGCGAAGCACCGCUUGCUGUAUCCCGGAAUCGUCACCUUCGUCAUUGCCUCAUUCACUUUUCCACCAGGAAUGGGUCAAUUCAUGGCUGGAGAGCUGAUGCCUCGUGAAGCCAUCAGCACCCUGUUUGACAACAACACGUGGGUAAAGCACGUGGGUGACCCUGAAAGCCUGGGCCGGUCGGCUGUGUGGAUCCAUCCACGGGUCAACGUCAUCAUCAUCAUCUUCCUCUUCUUUAUCAUGAAGUUUUGGAUGUCCAUCGUGGCCACCACUAUGCCCAUACCCUGCGGAGGCUUCAUGCCUGUGUUUGUGCUAGGAGCUGCAUUUGGAAGACUGGUAGGAGAGAUCAUGGCCAUGCUCUUCCCUGAUGGUAUCCUAUUCGAUGACAUCAUCUACAAGAUCCUACCUGGGGGCUAUGCAGUAAUUGGGGCAGCAGCGCUGACUGGUGCGGUGUCCCAUACAGUCUCCACAGCUGUGAUUUGCUUUGAGUUAACGGGUCAGAUUGCCCACAUCCUCCCCAUGAUGGUGGCUGUCAUCUUGGCCAACAUGGUGGCUCAGAGCCUGCAGCCCUCCCUCUAUGACAGCAUCAUCCAGGUCAAGAAGCUACCCUACUUGCCUGACCUUGGUUGGAACCAGCUCAGCAAAUUUACAAUCUUUGUUGAGGACAUCAUGGUGCGUGAUGUGAAGUUUGUUUCAGCUGCCUGCACAUAUGGGGAAUUGCGAACCCUGCUCCAGACCACCACCGUCAAGACUUUACCGCUGGUUGAUUCGAAAGACUCCAUGAUCCUGCUGGGCUCCGUGGAGCGGUCAGAGCUGCAGUCCCUCCUGCAGCGCCACCUGAGCCCUGAGCGGAGGCUGCGGGCAGCCCAGGACAUGGCCAGGAAGCUGUCCGAGCUGCCUUACGACGGAAAGGCACGGCCCGCUGGCGGCGGGCACCGAGGCCUCCCGCCUGAGGCCCGGAGGGAGUCCUUUGCCUUCGUGGAUGAGGAUGAAGAUGAGGACCUCUCUGGGAAGCCCGAGCUGCCUCCUCUCCCUGCUCCUCACCCCUUUCCUGCUGCUCCGCUGUCCCCCGAAGAGCCCAAUGGGCCCCUGCCCAGCCACAAACAGCAGCCAGAAGCCCCGGAGCCUGCAGGUCAAAGACCCUCUGUCUUCCGGUCCCUGCUGCGCUGCUUACUGGGCAGGCCUCGCCCCAUGAAGAAGAAAACAACCCAGGAGUUAACGGAUUUGGUGGACACCAUGUCACCUGAAGAGAUUGAGGCCUGGGAGCAGGAGCAGCUGAGCCAGCCCGUGUGUUUUGACUACUGCUGCAUCGACCAGUCUCCCUUCCAGCUGGUGGAGCAGACGUCUCUGCACAAGACCCACACGCUCUUCUCGCUCCUUGGCCUCCACCUUGCUUACGUGACCAGCAUGGGGAAGCUCAGGGGCGUGCUGGCGUUGGAGGAGCUGCAGAAGGCCAUCGAAGGCCACACCGAGUCCGGGGUGCAGCUCCGCCCGCCCCUGGCCAGCUUCCGGAACACGACGACGGUCCGGAAGAACCCCGGGGGCCCGCCCCCGCCCCCCGACGCCUGGAGCCUGCCCGCGGACGGAGCCGCGGCUGCCGGGCCCGCGGAGGGGGCCCCCGCCUCCCCGGAACGCGCUCUCUCCGGGGCCCCGGCCCAGGCGGAGGGCGAGCUGGAGGAGCUGGAGCUGGUGGGCAGCGCGGGGCUGGAAGAGGAGCUGGCUGACAUCCUGCAGGGCCCCAGCCUGCGGUCCAGCGACGAGGAGGACGAGGACGAGCUGAUCCUGUGACUCGCGCCGACCGUCCAGAGGCCGCGGCCCGGGCUGCUGCGUGCGGGCGAGGGUCCGUCCGAGGCCGGAGGCACCGCGCCCAUGUCCUGCCCCCUCCUGGGGAUUUUUAAAUGGGACGGUGAUAGUCUUGGAGGAGGGCUCCUUGCGCAGAGAGCGGCCUUGAUCAGUUAUCUAGGCCGUGUCCCCCCAUCCAGACAGGCAGGCAGGGGCUUCUCACCCCAGGGAAGGGCCUGCCGGUGCGUGGGGCUCCCCGGCUGCCUGCUGAAUGGGCGGCACACACCCCGUGUCGCCCAGGCCCCCCUUAUCCCCUGGGAGCCCGCUGCUGUUCUUGUUCCAGCACCUUCCUGGCUCUGCCUAUGCGUCUGCCAGUCUCCACGGGGACCCACAAGGACGGCGGCCUGUGGAGGAGACGGGAGCCCCUCAUGCCUGGUGGACGGAUGGCCCGGAACACACUUGAGAACUGUCGCACCCCUCCUCAGAGCCCCCCACCCCGUUCUCCCACGGGCUCACACCCACUCCUUGAAAUUUGCGCCACCCCACGGCACCCCUUCCUGGCUCCCACUGAAAGGCGGGUCCCAGGGCCCCUCCUUUGCCUCAGACUUCAGCAGUGCCAUGUGGGUAAAGGAGGAGCAGGCUGACAGAGAAAAGGUGUCUGUGGAGGAAGCAGGGUCACCCACACCUCCUUCAGGCAGAAUCUGUCCCACACCACAGCCUCCUCACCCUCCAGUUUCCAGGUCUCUCCCUGGAAAAUACAUGCUCCUCCCCCCUGCCAUCAUUGAUCCGUCCUGCCCAAGGGUCAGCUGUGCCCUCCAGCUGCUGUGGCUGUGGCUUCUGCCCUCCGGAACCAAGGCUCAGGGCAGCCAGGGCUCUGGUCACUCAAAACCAGCCGUUAGACUGGCUCUUUGUGUUCCUCUUCUAGACGUGGAGAGAGGAGGGUUCAAAGUCAAGAUGGCAGACGUCUUUGAUGCUUCCCACGCUGGGGAAGUCAGAUCUGUAUCCUCCCCAGAUCAGCAACACGGUUGCUGUUAGCCUGUCUUUCUAUAAAGUGGUCUUGGGUGCGCUGAGCCUCCACAUCCCAGGCUAUCCCCACUCCCUCCUUCCCUCCCUCCGGUUAUGCCUUGUCUGGUUCUCCGAUCUUGUCCCCUUUACUUGCUCCUCCUUCCCCUCCUCUGUGCCCAGUCUCCAUCAUCCCCCAAAUAAGACACUCAUAGUCACAGGUGCCACCACAGUCUGUUUAGUGCCACUGAACACAGCCUGUAGCCCUCUGCAACACCACGUCCCUUCCACCUCCCCAGGCCGCGAGAGCGAAAGAGAGAGAGAGAGAGAGAGAGAGCAGCAGCAGCCUGGGGAGAGGGUUGGCAGUGGGCAUCUGAGCCGAGCCCAUGUGUAAAUAAUCUAUAAUAUUUAUAUAUAUUUAUAUAUAAUUCUCUCUGUAAUAUAUGUCAUAGAAUCUCUCUUGGGCCUGGGGUGAGAAUGUCACAUUAAGAAAACAUGCUAAGACUGGCCAUAAAAAUGGAUAAUUUCCCAGACCUGGAAGACACAGUAUGGGAUGUAGAAGUGGGGGCAAAGAGAAGGGCAUACACUCAUUCACCAAGAGCCCCCCCUCAGCAGAGGGGCAAGAAGGAAGGCGGGGACAGUGGAAGGGGAGGAAUGGGAGAUUUGGGUUUUUCUUUAAUAAAGUGAUUUGAAAAU